AUGUUCAACGACCACUCCAAAGCCAGCAUCGCACAGAUCAUCUUCUAUAUCCCUGUUAUUUUCAUAUCAGCAUACCACGCAUACUACCGUCACAAGCGGCCGCGUAUGUCAUGGCUGAUUAUACUCUUCUUCUCCCUCAUUCGAGUUGCUGCGGGCAGUCUGGUGAUUUUGUUUGAGCACAAGCCCCAAACUGGCAUCAUGGUCGCCUCGAUCAUCCUGCUCAAUACGGGCGUGUUUCCCUUGAUCGCCGCAACCCUGGGAUUCAUCCGCAUCAUCCUGGCACACGAGAAGGAGGUAAUCAACCCACGAAUCAACCGCUGUCUGAUGUUCUCGCGCAUGCUGUUCUUUGUGGGGUUAGGCCUGCAGAUUGCCGGUGGGUGCCUUGAGGGCAGUGAUAGUGCCAGCGACAUCGCGACGGGGGUGAAACUCGUCAAGGCCGGAUAUAGUAUUGUUGUGGUUUUCGAAGCCUGUCUACUCCUCGUGCAGGCGUAUUUCUGGAUGCAUCUCCCGGAUCUCUCGCACAUAAGCUAUACUAUUCUCAAGGCGAUGGCUCUGGCCCUACCCUUUCUCAUUGUGCGCAUCACCUAUUUGUUUCUCUCGGUGUUCCAUGCCAGCGAUCUCCGAUGGAACGAUCUUGCCGGCCCGAUCACUCCGUUUGUCCUCAUGGGACUGUUAAUGGAGUAUGCCGUGGUUUGGAUAUACCUUGGCACGGGAUUUAUCAUUCCUAGCUGGAAAGACAUGAAGGGGGACCGGGUCGUUUCAAUUACCAGAUCUCCUUUGGUGGAACAAGUCUGA